AUGGAGAGAAAGAAAUGGGUUAUGUUGGAAAAUAAUCCCGAGGUGAUGAACCAAUUAGCUGCAAAGCUAGGUCUGUCCCAGGAGUUGUCAUUCCACGAUGUCUGGUCGUUCGACGAACCUGAACUCCUGGCCCAUAUCCCUCGGCCCGCCCUGGCUCUACUAGUCAUUUUACCCCUUACCCCUGCCUGGAAAGCAGAGCGUGAGGCUGAAGAUGCUGAGAAGGAGGACUAUCAAGGCCGCGGGGCCGAGGAGCCUGUAAUAUGGUUCAAGCAGACUAUCGGAAACGCUUGCGGGUCCAUCGGGUUUCUGCACUGCGCCAUCAACGGCCCGACUGCGGAGUACAUCCUACCGGGCUCCGACCUGGAAGAAAUCCGUCGUCAGGCUAUCCCUUUAGGGAUGGAGGAGCGGGCUGACUUGCUUUAUAACAGUGUGCCUUUCGAAAAAGCUCACGAAUCGUGCGUUCAGUUAGGAGAUACGGUUGCCCAGAACGAAGAGCAUCUAGGACAGCACUUUGUGGCGUUCGUCAAAGUCGGUGGUAGACUCUGGGAACUAGAAGGGUCAAGAAAAGGUCCAAUAGAUAGAGGCGCGCUUGCAGACGACGAGGAUGUUCUCAGCCCGAAGGCACUUGAUUUGGGGUUUAGGAGGGUUAUACGUCUUGAUCAGCAGGCUGGGGGUACGGAUUUACGAUUUAGCUGUAUCGCUCUAUCUCGAAAAGCUUAA